CAACUUGAGAGCAACCAAGAUGGGACGCAGCAAGAAGAACGGGACGAGUUUGGGGAAGACUCUGAUGAAAACGGGCGCGAAGCCUGUGAAGAAGGAGAUACAGUCGAGUGCGGGCAAGCACGUUGCCGUCGCCGACGGAGGGGACGCGACAGCGCAAUUGGCGUCGUACUUGGAAGGCUCGUCCCUCGACGAUUUCUUGGCGAAUGCGACACUUGCAAACCGAGAGUUUGUUGCCGAGAAGGAGCGCAUCGUCGUGCUGGAAUCACGCGGCGGUCCUACCCUUGCAACGACAGAUCUGUCUUCGUUGCCGUCGAUGAAUUUCACGGAAAUGAAAGUACCUCGUCGUCCUCAUUGGGACGCAACAACGACGCCUGCCGAACUCAACUUGCGUGAGCGCGAGAGCUUUCUCAACUGGCGCCGCGACAUUGCCAUCUUGGAGGCGGCGGAUGGCGCGCGCGAAGUGACUCCGUUUGAAAAGAACUUGGAAGUAUGGCGGCAACUGUGGCGAGUCAUUGAGCGCAGUGACAUCGUCGUCCAGAUUGUCGAUGCUCGCAACCCUCUCUUUUACCGGUCGUUGGAUCUCGAGCGCUACGUGAAAGAGGUCGACGCGAACAAGCAAGUGAUGCUUAUCGUAAACAAGUCGGACUUCCUCACGGCUGCCCAGCGCCUCGCGUGGGCUGACUACUUUGCGUCGCAAAACGUCGACUUUGUGUUUUUCUCGGCAAAAGAAGCGCAAGAGUUGCUUGAUGCUGAGUACAAAAAGUCCACUAUGACUUUGGAGCUGUCGGAAGACGAAGAGAGCGAAGAUGAAGAAUGCAGUGGCGAAGACGAGAACGCGGAAGAAGUGACACCUGCCAUCACCGCGACAACGGCAGUCCCGACACACGCUGUCGACGAAGAGCGCGCCGACUGCAAGGUCCUUACGCGUUUGGAUUUGCUGGAGUACAUGGAACGCCGGGCCAAGGCCGUGGUCGGCAAGGUCGGUCUCCGCGCGGAAGACCGCGGUCGGGUAAAGUUUGGGAUGGUCGGGUUUCCCAACGUCGGGAAAAGUUCCGCCAUUAACGCGCUGCUGGGCGCGUCUAACUUUGCUCAUCAUGCACAACGCGUGGCGGUUGGCGCGACGCCUGGGAAGACCAAGCAUUUUCAGACUUUGGCACUGUCGGACACAAUCAUGCUGUGCGAUUGCCCGGGGCUCGUCUUUCCCAGCUUUGUCAACUCCAAAGCAGAAAUGCUGUGCUGUGGCGUCCUCCCCAUUGCUCAGCUCCGCGACCACGUUCCGCCGUGUGAGCUCGUCGCCCGGCGCAUUCCCCGCGUCGUGUUUGAAGAGACCUACGGCAUCAAAGUGCCCGUUCCCAACACGGGCAAGUACAACGACCCGGUCAACGUGUACACGGUCCUGGAAGUGUACGCGCGCGCCCGAGGGUUCACCACGACCGGCAAGAGUGGCCCUGAUACGUCGCGCGCUGCGCGUGUGUUGCUGCGUGACUACGUCAAUGGCAAGCUCUUGUACUGCCACCCGCCCCCGUCGGUCGACGUGAAUGAUUUGCGGUUCAACCCAUUGGAGCUGGCCAAGGACAUUGGCGGCGUCGUGGACGAGCUGUUGGCACGCGACGAUGAAGACGGCAAACCGGCCAAAUUUGACCUGGCCGGUGCCGACAGCAAACGAGUGUUGAGCAAGCGACUCAAGAAACACGGGAAAAAGGGCCGAAAGGGUCGCGACAAGAACCCGUACGAAGACUUGGACAACGCCGCGGCCGCCGUCACGGCGCAUGUGUCUCGAGGGAAGAAGAUCGACAGGAGAGAAAAGGCAUUCACGCGCGUCACUCUGCCCCAUCAUGCGACUUACACCCCGACAGUGUCGCUGUAAUGCUACCGAACCAAAUGUGUGUGUGCCA